AUGUGUAAAUCGCGAUGCGGUCUAGCGGACAUUCCCGAUCGCGCGUACAGCCCGUUCGCGAAGAAAUGGUCGAAAACGAGACUCACGUGGAAUUUUCAAGUGGCUAGCGAGGAACUCCUACGGACGACCGAAGCGGCGUUCGCGCUAUGGGCGGCGACGGUCUUCGAAGGUCCGGGCGGGAGCCUAGCUCACGCGUUCCUUCCCACCGGAGCGGUCGACUUCGCUUCAGAGGUACACGUCGACGACGAGGAGCCGUGGCACGUGCUUCUGAACAAGAAUCCCUCCGGCAAGUAUCACCUGCUACUAACGCUAACUCACGAGAUCGGCCACACCUUAGGUCUACAGCACAGCAUGCGUAAGGACCCGGUGAUGUUUCCGUAUAUACCCGAAAACGAGCUUCAAUAUCCGGUUAAACUAAGCGUAGAGGAUAUCCUCGCUGUACAGAAUUUGUACGGAUCUCACGACGACGGAGAUCGGCCCGCGAUUCCCGCGACCACCGCGACACCCGCUACCACCGUAGCGCCGACGACCGGCGUCGCGCCGACCGAUCCGUCGCGCGCGGAUCUUUGCGCUUUACGGCGCCUAGACGCGGCCUUAAUAAUGAAUCGACGUUUAUACGUAUCUAAUCGACGCAACGUAUGGUCGAUCGACCUAACCGAGAAACGCUACGGUAGACCCAUGACGCUAACGGAAUACGCGACGUUUCUUCUGAACAACUUCACGCGUCUAUCCGCCGCUAUCGGAUUUCCUCGAAACGCUAAAAUUAACGCCGCGAUAAACACGCACUCGGGACGAACCUACGCUAUCUACGACGACGACAAAGUAGCGGAGAUCGACGAGUGGCGCAUGCUGGUCGUUAAACACGCUCCGUUAAAAGAUAUAUUUCCCGGAAUACCAUCCGCGAUAACGUCGGCCUUUCGAUACAUCGACGGUAAUCUUUACUUCUUCGCUAAACGUCAAUUUUACGCGUUUAACGAAUUUAAGAACAUCGUUACCUCGGCGGGUCCCUUCGACCUGCGCGUUCUCGAUAUAGAGUGCCCCAUGGACGGACUAUUACAAAAAUUACGGGAUCUCCUCAGUCGCGUCUAUCGCCUCGACGACUCGAUCGAGAACGCCGACGAGGACGACGAAAGCGACUUCCCGUAA